CCAAGACUGAAGCGUUCAUUGUUCCCCUCACCACAACUUCACUUCCACCACGAACACCUUCCCUUCUCCACAUUCAUUCCAACGGCGCCAAGCAAGGUGCAGUGACGGAUAUUUGGCGGUAGUGGCCGCAUCAUCAUCCCUCGCCCCGGUUGCUUCCACCCGCAUACCAAGCCAUUACCAUGUCGGGACCGCAGAUCUACCUCACUCUCCCACCGGUGGAGACGUGGAAGAUCAUCCCCGCCAACCUUCCCCCAGCCCUCCCUCCCCCCGUGACAGAAGGCAGCUUCCGCUCCCCCUUCGGCAUCGACAAGGACCUCUACAAUGCCGCGCUCGAGCCGUGGGUGCCCUUCCUCUUCGCCGGCGCAUACCUGCUCGUCGUCAUCGCGCUGAACGCGUACAACAAGUCGCGCGAUGGCAAGGCGUGGUGGAUCGCGAGACAGGCGCCGUUUCAGUGGUUCGUCGUCGCGCAUAAUGUCGCCCUUGCCAUCUACUCCGCUGCGACGUGUGUGGCCAUGUACAAUGCCAUUGCGCAUACCUGGCCGGGCUUCGUCGGCAACCCGAACGGCUUGGCGGGUGUCGCGGAUGCGCUGUGCAAGUUGCACGGUCCGCGCGGUCUCGGUGACGCGACGACCUUCAACACGACGAUCAACAUCUGGGAGGUGAAGAACACGGCGAUCCAUCUAGGCUACGAUGGCAACCCGGACCCGACGGAUGUAGGCAGGUUGUGGAACGAAGGGCUGGCAUUCUGGGGCUGGCUGUUCUACGUCAGCAAGUUCUACGAGGUCAUCGAUACGCUCAUCGUGCUGGCCAAGGGCAAGCGCAGCCAACUGCUCCAGACGUACCACCACGCCGGCGCAAUGCUGUGUAUGUGGGCCGGCAUUCGCUACAUGAGCCCGCCGAUUUGGAUGUUUGUCUUCAUCAACAGUGGCAUCCACGCCAUGAUGUACACCUACUUCACAGCUUCCGCCCUCGGCUACAAAGUCCCCAACUCCGUCAAGCGCACAAUCACGACUUUACAAAUCGCACAAAUCCUCUUCGGCGCAACAUAUGCCGCAGCCCACCUCUUCAUAGCCUACGACAUCCCCAUCUCCACCCCCUACCAAGUCGCAUCCACCGUCCAACGCGCCGUCUCCAGCAUCAGCUCUGCCGCCUCAGUCGUGAGCUCCACCGCCACAGAAGCCGCCUCAACCGUUUCAACCCUCAUCGAAUCCCCCUCCGCAAUCGCCACAAUGGGCACUCUAAUCAAGAAGCUCCUCCUCCGCGCCGCGGGCGAAGAAGGCCUCGCCGAGCGUAAAGUCCAAGAGAAGAUCGAAGAGUACGAGCAGGCCUUCGAAACGCGCUACCACACCUCUUGGACCAAAACAAACUGCAUCGACACCUCCGGCGAAGCCUUCGCCAUCUACCUCAACCUCCUCUACCUCGCCCCACUAGCCUGGCUCUUCCUCCGCUUCUUCGUGCGCGCGUAC